AUGGCUCUUGACUUCAGGUCGAUCCUCUUCCUUUUGCUCGGUUUAUCGGUGAUCAUUGCGUCGAAUCGAACGACCGCUCGACCGAAGCGCGGCGAUUUGAAAAUUCUACACGGAGAGCGGUACAAUUGUUCGUCCUUUGAGGAAGGAAUUCGGGAGGCGAGGUAUCUAAGUGAAGACGACGUUGUAUCGAUCGAAACCGAGGAUGACCCGUCGAUCGACGACGAGGGCAGAGGGUUCUCUUUCAUGGACGUCGUCGAAUCGAUGUUCUCCGCGGUGGCUAACGGAAUCGGUUCCAUCAUGACUAGUAUCAUUGGCACGGAGAAAAGCUUCAAGUCACCGUCCAACAGAGUCAGCUACAGGAAUUACCAAUUGAUCAGGCUGUUCCCUAGUACGAAAGCACAAGUGAACGAUUUGAAGGAGCUGAAGGAGGCUGAGCCUGAAGACGUGAAAUUCUGGACCCAGCCGAUGUACAAUAAAACGACAGACCUAGUUGUAGGACCAGAUCUCGUCUCUGACGUCAAAACUUUCCUUCGAAAUAAAGGAAUCGACUUCACAGUGCUGAUAUCGGAUCUUCAGAAAACGAUAGCUUAUCAGAACCCUAAAAUGACGAAGAAUCAACGCGAAGAUCUUGUCACCAGCCGUGGUCACAGCAUGACUUGGAAAAGAUACCAUCGAUACGGAGACAUCGUUAGGUACCUAGAAUACCUGGCUCUCACGUAUCCAAAAAUGGUGGAAUUGAUAAUGAUAGGCCACAGUUUCGAGGGUCAGCCGAUCAAAAUGAUCAAAAUCUCCACUGGACCCAACAAAGAGGGUGAAACUAAGCCAGCGAUUUGGAUAGACGCUGGCAUGCACGCGCGCGAAUGGAUCGGAUCCGCUGUGGCGACCUACAUCGCUAGCCAGUUAGUCGAGAAGAACACGAGCUACGCUAAAUUGUUGGACAAUGCGGAUUGGAUGAUUUUACCAGUAGCGAAUCCGGAUGGUUACGAGUUCACUCACAUUGGCGACAGAUUGUGGAGGAAAACGAGGAGUAAUCAUGGCGAGGACCAGGACGAUAGUCGGUAUUCACAUUCCAGCUUCCUUCAGCUGGUGAACCAUUACGCGAGAUGGUUAUGGGGUAAAUGCGAGGGUGUCGACCCGAACAGGAACUUUGGUUACCAUUGGGGAGAGGUGCAAGAGGGAGGAGCGAGUUUGGAUCCUUGCCACGAGACUUACGCUGGUCCGUACGCGUUCUCUGAACCGGAAACGAAAGCUAUGGCCGAUUAUAUCUUGGCUAAUAAGCGGAAUAUUAGAAUGUACCUGACGUUACAUUCCUACUCGCAAAUGUGGCUGGUUCCAUGGGGAUACACGUACUCGAGGCCGUCUGAUUACUGGGAGCUGGCGAAGGUGGCUAAGAAAGCGAUAGGAGCGAUCGCGAAAGUACACGGGACCGAUUAUCAAGUUGGUCCAUCGUCUGAUCUAAUGUACCCAACUUCAGGUGCCUCUGACGACUGGGCGAAGGGUGUGGCCGGAAUAAAGUACGCGUACACGCUGGAGCUUCGAGACCGCGGCACUUAUGGAUUCCUACUUCCGGCGAGGCAGAUCGUGCCGACUGCCCGCGAGAUUUGGGCCGGUAUACGAACGAUCGCUCGUCUAGUCACUUGUAACACGUGA